AUGCCCAGCAGACAACAUGGACGCCCAGGAGACAACAUGGACGCCCAGCAGACAACAGGGACGCCCAGCAGACAACAGGGACGCCCAGCAGACAACAGGGAUGCCCAGCAGACAACAUGGACGCCCAGCAGACAACAGGGACGCCCAGUAGACAACAGGGACGCCCAGCAGACAACAGGGACGCCCAGCAGACAACAGGGACGCCCAGCAGACAACAAGGACGCCCCAGCAGACAACAAGGACGCCCAGCAGACAACAGGGACGCCCAGCAGACAACAAGGACGCCCAGCAGACAACAGGGACGCCCAACAGCAGGGACGCCCAGCAGACAGCAGGGACGCCCAGCAGACAACAAGGACGCCCAGCAGACAACAAGGACGCCCAGCAGACAACAAGGACGCCCCAGCAGACAACAGGGACGCCCAGCAGACAGCAGGGACGCCCAGCAGACAACAAGGACGCCCAGCAGACAACACAACAAGGACGCCCAGCAGACAACAAGGACGCCCAGCAGACAGCAGGGACGCCCAGCAGACAACAAGGACGUCCCAGCAGACAACAAGGACGCCCCAGCAGACAACAGGGACGCCCAGCAGACAACAAGGACGCCCCAGCAGACAACAAGGACGCCCCAGCAGACAACAGGGACGCCCAGCAGACAACAAGGACGCCCCAGCAGACAACAAGGACGCCCCAGCAGACAACAAGGACGCCCCAGCAGACAACAAGGACGCCCCAGCAGACAACAAGGACGCCCCAGCAGACAACAGGGACGCCCAGCAGACAACAAGGACGCCCCAGCAGACAACAAGGACGCCCCAGCAGACAACAGGGACGCCCAGCAGACAGGGUGUCCAGACGGCAGCCCCCAGUUCUGCCCACAGCAGACGGCAGCCCCCAGCCCUGCCCACAGCAGACGGCAGCCCCAGUCCUGCCCACAGCAGACGUCAGCCCCCAGUCCUGCCCACAGCAGACGUCAGCCCCCAGUCCUGCCCACAGCAGACGGCAGCCCCAGUCCUGCCCACAGCAGACGGCAGCCCCCAGUCCUGCCCACAGCAGACGGCAGCCCCAGUCCUGCCCACAGCAGACGGCAGCCCCCAGUCCUGCCUACAGCAGACGGCAGCCCCAGUCCUGCCCACAGCAGACGGCAGCCCCCAGUCCUGCCCACAGCAGACGGCAGCCCCCAGUCCUGCCCACAGCAGACGGCAGCCCCCAGUCCUGCCCACAGCAGACGGCAGCCCCCAGUCCUGCCCACAGCAGACGGCAGCCCCCAGUCCUACCCACAGCAGACGGCAGCCCCCAGUCCUGCCCACAGCAGACGGCAGCCCCCAGUCCUGCCCACAGCAGACGGCAGCCCCCAGUCCUGCCCACAGCAGACGGCAGCCCCAGUCCUGCCCACAGCAGACGGCAGCCCCCAGUCCUGCCCACAGCAGACGGCAGCCCCCAGUCCUGCCCACAGCAGACGGCAGCCCCAGUCCUGCCCACAGCAGACGGCAGCCCCAGUCCUGCCCACAACAGACGGCAGCCCCCAGUCCUGCCCACAUCAGACGGCAGCCCCCAGUCCUGCCCACAGCAGACGGCAGCCCCAGUCCUGCCCACAGCAGACGGCAGCCCCGCGUCCUGCCCACAGCAGACGGCAGCCCCCAGUCCUGCCCACAGCAGACGGCAGCCCCCAGUCCUGCCCACAGGAGACGGCAGCCCCCAGUCCUGCCCACAGCAGACGGCAGCCCCCAGUCCUACCCACAGCAGACGGCAGCCCCCAGUCCUGCCCACAGCAGACGGCAGCCCCCAGUCCUGCCCACAGCAGACGGCAGCCCCAGUCCUGCCCACAGCAGACGGCAGCCCCCAGUCCUGCCCACAGCAGACGGCAGCCCCCAGUCCUGCCCACAGCAGACGGCAGCCCCAGUCCUGCCCACAGCAGACGGCAGCCCCCAGUCCUGCCCACAGCAGACGGCAGCCCCCAGUCCUGCCCACAGCAGACGGCAGCCCCCAGUCCUGCCCACAGCAGACGGCAGCCCCCAGUCCUGCCCACAGCAGACGGCAGCCCCCAGUCCUGCCCACAGCAGACGGCAGCCCCAGUCCUGCCCACAGCAGACGGCAGCCCCCAGUCCUGCCCACAGCAGACGGCAGCCCCAGUCCUGCCCACAGCAGACGGCAGCCCCCAGUCCUGCCCACAGCAGACGGCAGCCCCCAGUCCUGCCCACAGCAGACGGCAGCCCCAGUCCUGCCCACAGCAGACGGCAGCCCCAGUCCUGCCCACAGCAGACGGCAGCCCCCAGUCCUGCCCACAGCAGACGGCAGCCCCCAGUCCUGCCCACAGCAGACGGCAGCCCCCAGUCCUGCCCACAGCAGACGGCAGCCCCCAGUCCUGCCGACAGAAGCCCAAACAUUCCUCACAGGGCCGCCACACCUGCCGCCACACCUGCCACCUCACCGGCCACCACACCUGCCAACACAGCUGCCACCUCACAUGCCGCCACGCCUACCACGACACCUGCCGCCAAACCUACCACGAUACCUGAUGCUACACCUGCCGCCACAACUGCCACCACACCUGACACCACACCUGCCCCCACACCUGACACCACACCUGCUACCGCACCUGCCACCUCACCUGCCACCACACCUGAUGCUACACCUGCCGCCACACCUGUCACCACACCUGUCACCACACUUGACGCCACCACACCUGCUUCCACAUCUGACGCUAUACUUGCCACCACACCUGCCACCACACUUGACGCCACAUCUGACACCAGUCAGGCAUGA